AUGGCUAGCACAACAACAGCAGCGCCAGCUUGGUUUCCCCUGAAAGCCCCCGGUACAGUCAAGAAACUCGGUGAUGUCACAGAUGGCAUGGGAUACUCUGAACGACUCUUCCAUUACGCACAUGCUUCGCAGCGCAAUGAUGUUCAUUUCAUGGAAUAUCGCCUAUUGCAGCGGAUCAACAUCUUUCGUCUUCAGAAUGAGCUUGCCAACCUAAAGGCCGCCUUUUGGACAAAUCUGGAGGCCGAUGACGGUAAAAUGGAUCAGCUGAAGACGACCUUGCAUGACUAUGCUACUGCGCUCAGAGACUAUGCCUAUCUCAAAGACAUGAGCAGACUUAAGGACUCUGAAGCAAAAGACCGACGACUUGACCUUGCACAAGCAUUCCCGGAGCUUGCAUCCCUACCAGGAGACCCGUUCAAUUCCCGCUAUUGUACUCUUGCGUCUGACGCUGGGCCCUCUUCCGACCCUCUUCGAGACUUCCUCAGGACAUACCUGCCUCGGCGAUGCACUUACACCAAGUCUGAGAAGGAUAAACACCUAGAAGAAUUUUUGGCUCGGCAGCCCCCGGAAAGCAUCUCGCCCUUUGUUGAGAAGCUUUCUCGCUUCAUCUUAGCUUUCAUUGGGGGAGCCAGCCUCGUCGUGCCCAUGCUGGUCAUGAGCCUUCCAACUGCGAACAGGACAAAAAGCCUGAUCACGGUAUCUCUGGCGGUGACUAUAUUUGCAGCACUCAUGUCCCUCGGGUUUAGAGCCACCUACGCUGAGACAUUAGUAGCGACAGCCACGUAUGCUGCAGUGCUCGUGGUAUUUGUUGGUACCAGCAUAUAG